AUGCCUGCUAGCUUCUCCACGCUAAGGCGUCGUGAGCGCCAAUGGGCCGCUACCUACUUACAGGCCCGCAGUAAAGUCAUUACCGCUAUCGAUGUGAUUUACAAGCGAGUCGAAAUCUACAGCUCCGCCCAAAUUGACCCGGCCUCCUACAAAUCUCUUGGCAUUGAUUGUCAAUUGCUUGAGCUAGAUGAUGAUGGGAAACACCUCCAGCCCUCAAACUCCGAUCCCUCAGCUCCGAUUUUCUUUGAGCCUCGAGGGGUAACGUGGGUGGCCCCCGUUCGUAUUACCGACGUCGAAUGCGAGGAAGAAUUCAAGGAAAUCACUGACGGAUGGGAGAGCGCCAAAGAUGAUCCACUAGUUCAGAGCUUUCAUUCCCAGGUUUGGUUUGUCUAUCUGGGGUUGGAGCGGAUGUUUUUCCAAUUCCGCCGAGAGUUCUACCCCAAAGGAGAUGACAGAGUGCCACCUAACCUUAGGCAAAUAUCGAAAUGGUGGGUCCAUAAUACCAUCUAUUUUCGCCGAGAGAUUUUACUCGGCUAUCUGGUGCUCGAUGCGAUGGUUGCCGGAAAACCGCAUACUUUAAUCGUCAUUUUGAUUGAAGAUGAACCCGGCGAGGAGCUAUUCCGCGCAGAAGUGAUGAUCCUUGCCGCAGCUAUGAUUACACGUCUCGAGGGAGAGGAAUGUUUGGAAUAUAACACUAUUCCUGUCAUGGCCAUCACGAUUUUCGGACGAAUGCAGGCUCGAGUGCUCGAAGCUCAUUCCAACCAGCAAGAACUAGUCGUCAAGAAAACCCAGCUUCUAGAUUUCUCGACCAACGAAGUCGCUAACAAGAAUAUGGACAUUCUGCUUGGAUUUAUGGCUGGUGACCUGGUCGGAGAUCCUAGAGGACCCACAGUUCCUAUGGAUACAUCAACGGUCGGUUUGAGCUACAUAUUUGAUAGACUUGGCAAGCACGCUGACCACAAGUAG